AUGUCUCUUUCUUUGCUUUGCCUCUUUCUAAUCUUGCAAUCUAUGUAUGUGUUAAUGAAAAUAACUAAUCAGAAGUGUUUUGAGUAUGGGAAGCCCACCACAUACAUGAAGGCUGACUUAAUCCUAGGUGUGUUUAUCCCCAUUUUCUUCACACUAGAAGGACCCAAGGAAAUCCAGAUAUUUUUUGAGAAAAAAGAGAAUCCACUAAUCAAAAGCUUAAUAGGAAGAUGGAAGAACUACCCAUAUUUGCUGACCUUAUACUUUGCCAUUGAGAAGAUCAAUAAAGAUGCCCACCUGCUUCCCAAUGUGACCUUGGGUUUCCACCUCUACAACGCUUUUGACUAUCACUACAGAACCUUAGAAGGACCUCUGAUGCGACUGUCUGGAAGGAGUGAGUUUAUCCCUAACUACAAAUGCAAAACUCAACACAAAGUUCUAGCAAUAAUUGCAGGAGUCAGGCCUGAAUUUUCUGCUGCAAUUGGAACACUUUUAGAACUCUACAAAUUUCCACAAGUCACAUAUGGAAUGUUUGAUUCUUUUCUAAGUGACAAAGAUAAAUUUCCAUCCCUUUACCAGAUAUCUCAUAAAGACACAGCUCUUACCCAAGGGGUGAUCUCUUUAUUGCUGCAUUUUGGCUGGAAGUGGGUGGGGCUCUUUGUCGCUGAUGAUCUAAAAGGUAAGGAGUUCAUCUCUGGCCUGAAAGCAGAGAUGGCAUCAGAAGAUAUCUGUGUAGCUUUUACAGUUAAACUCCCAGCUAAUUGGAAGAUUCAGAUAGUGUCUAAGGUUGAGAUGCCAAAGUUAAAUCAAGAUACACAAGUAAAUGUGUAUAUACUCUAUGGUGAUAUAGAUGAUAUAUUGUUUUUCUGCUUCAUACAUGAAAUCAUAUCAAACAGAAGGAAGAUGUGGAUCAUGACAAAACCACAAUUAUUUUACUUAGAUUCUGAAUUAUAUGAGUUGAAUGAUUUUUUGGACAUUUUUGGAGGAAGCUUCUCAUUUUCAAAACAUAAAAAUAUUCCUGGCUUCAAGCACUUUAUCGAAGCACUUAUGCCCUCCCAGUACCCAGAAGAUCUUUACUUCCUUAAAUUCUGGAUUGACAAUUUUUACUGCUCACCUCCUCCUUUACAUUGUGGAAAAUAUAAACUCUGCCCACCAAAUAUAUCCCUAGGGAUUAAGCAAGAAGAAAAGGUUGUGAUGAUCACUUCUGAACCCAAGGUUUCCAUUUGGAAUGCAGUGCAUGCAGUAGCCCAUGCCCUCCAUAAAAUGCUUUUGAGUAAAACAAAAAUAGCGCCUCACAAAGCGGCAAACAAGGACAGUCUUCUACCCUGGCAGCUUCAUCCAUUCCUGAGGAAAAUUCAAUUUACAAGCACUGAUGAAGACCAAAUAUUCUUUGAUGAGAAAAAGAAACACGUGGAAAAAUAUGAUAUACAAAAUUUUAUGGUACAUUCUAAUCAUACAUUUCUAGUUAAAGUAGGAGAGUUUGUCUCCAAGAGUCCACAAGAUCAAGGCUUGUUCAUCAAUGAAGUUAUGAUCAAAUGGCCAAGAAACUUCAAUCAGACUCCUCAAUCUGUAUGUACACAGAGUUGUGGUCCAGGUUUCUGGAAAAGUCUAGAAAAAGACAGACCUAUCUGUUGUUUUUCUUGUAUGUUUUGUCCAGAGAGACACAUUUCCAAUCAAACAGAAAUCACUGCUGAUUCCACACAAGGUGUGAACAUUUGA